UCUAGUCCCACAUCGAUGGGAAUGGGAAGACUCUCCAGUCUCCAAUCUCCAAUCUCCAAACUCCGUGGCUUCCCCGUUGUGGCCACAUCCCACAGAUCCACUAAUUUUGAUGUGCUUGAUUUUUCCAUUCCAAAAUUCUUAUCCUCAAACCCCAAAGCUGCUUACUUUUACUUUACCAUUUUAUUCAACCAACCUACGUAACUUCCAACAUCGUUUAAGGUUCCCCACUAACUAACUAGUAACUAUGCUAUUUCCAACAACGACACUGUCUGUGUGGUAAAAGUAACGUUGAAUCAUGAUGUUAUGUAGUACAACACUUGCUCACAGUUUUUCUCCACUCCACUUCCGCCAAACUUGCUUGCACAUUCUCUCUCUCUGCAACUCACACUUCCUCCAGGAGGGACUAUGUGUUCACGGUCCAAUCAUCAAACUGGCUCUCCAACACGACUUGUAUUUGAACAACAAUUUGUUGUCCUUGUAUGCCAAAUGCUUUGGAGUUCGACAAGCACGCCAUUUCUUCGAUGAAAUGCCUCAUAAGGAUGUUGUGUCAUGGACUACGCUUCUCUCUGCUCACACCAGGAAUAACCAUCAUUUUGAGGCCCUUCAAUUGUUUGACAUGAUGCUAGGUUCUGGUCAAUGCCCCAAUCAGUUCACUUUGUCCAGUGCCUUAAGAUCAUGUUCUGCCUUGGGACACUUUCAGUCCGGGGCUCAAAUUCAUGCCUCUGUGGUAAAGCUUGGGUUAGAGCUGAAUCCGGUUCUGGGUACCACUUUGCUCGAUUUCUACACCAAGUGUGAUGGCACUGUGGAGGCACACAAACUGCUUGCUUUUGUUAAGGAUGGUGAUGUUGUGUCUUGGACAACAAUGAUCUCUUCAUUGGUGGAAACUAGUAAAUGGAGUGAAGCUCUACAACUCUAUGUCAAAAUGAUUGAAGCGGGUGUUUACCCGAAUGAGUUCACAUUUGUUAAACUCUUAGGCGUGUCUUCUUUUCAUGGUUUGGGAAUGAAUUAUGGGAAAGUACUGCAUGCACAGUUAAUCAGAUUGGGUGUUGGAAUGAAUUUGGUGUUGAAGACUGCCAUUGUUGAUAUGUAUGCAAAAUGCAGACGGAUGGAGGACGCUAUUAAGGUCUCAAAUCAGACACCUGAAUAUGAUGUGUGCUUAUGGACUACCAUUAUUUCUGGAUUUGUUCAAAAUGUGCAGGUUAGAGAGGCUGUUAAUGCAUUUCUUGAUAUGCAACUGUCUGGAAUUCUACCAAAUAAUUUUACAUAUGCUAGUUUAUUGAAUGCUAGCACCUCAGUUUUAUCAUUGGAGUUAGGGAAACAGUUUCAUUCACGGCUUAUCAUGGUUGGAUUGGAGGAUGAUCUUUAUGCAGGAAAUGCACUGCUUGAUAUGUACAUGAAAUGCUCCCACACCGCAACAAAUGGUGUGAAAGCUUUCAGAGGUAUAGCCUCACCGAAUGUCAUCUCUUGGACUUCUUUGGUUGCUGGUUUUGUAGAACAUGGUUUAGAAGAAGAAUCUCUUCGGUUAUUUUCUGAGAUGCAAGCAGCAGGAGUGCAACCAAAUUCCUUUACACUGUCUACUAUUCUUGGAGCUUGCAGCAAAAUGAAAUCUGUUAUUCAAACAAAGAAAAUCCAUGGACGUAUCAUAAAAACAAAAGCAGACAUAGACAUAGCUGUUGGGAAUGCUCUUGUUGAUGCAUAUGCUGGAGGGGGGAUGGCUGAUGAAGCAUGGUCUGUUAUUGGCAAGAUGAACCAUAGAGAUCUCAUCACAUACACAAGUUUAGCGGCAAGAUUAAACCAGAGGGGGGAUCACGAAAUGGCAUUAAAAGUCAUCACUCACAUGUGUAAUGAUGGGGUUAAGAUGGAUGAAUAUAGCUUGGCAAGUUUUCUAUCAGCUGCAGGUAGCUUAGGCACUAUGGUAACUGGAAAGCAGCUACAUUGUUACUCUGUCAAAUCAGGUUUCAAGAGUUGUAACUCGGUUUCAAAUAGCCUAGUUCACUUGUACAGCAAGUGUGGCAACAUGCACAAUGCCUACAAAGCUUUCAAAGAUAUAAAUGAGCCAGAUACAGUGUCAUGGAAUGGUUUGAUAUCUGGGUUGACAUCAACUGGACACAUAUCCGAUGCUCUUUCUGCCUUUGAUGACAUGAGGUUAUCAGGAGUUAAACCCGAUUCUUUCACAUUCUUAUCACUAAUUUUUGCUUGCAGCCAAGGUAAUUUAUUGAAUCUGGGUCUUGAUUAUUUCUAUUCCAUGGAAAAAACAUAUGAAAUAACUCCAAAGUCGGAUCACUAUGUGUGUUUAGUUGAUCUCCUCAGUAGAGGUGGUCGCCUAGAGGAAGCUAUGGGAGUCAUUGAAACAAUGCCUUUCAAGCCAGAUUCUGUAAUUUAUAAAACUUUACUAAAUGCUUGCAACUUACAUGGAAAUGUGCCACUGGGAGAAGAUAUGGCAAGGAGAUGCCUUGAGCUUGAUCCAUCUGAUCCUGCAAUAUAUUUGCUGCUUGCAAGCUUGUAUGACAAUGCUGGACUCCCUGAUUUCGGUGACAAGACUCGCAAGCUGAUGAGAGAAAGAGGCUUGAGAAGAAGUCCUAGGCAGUGUUGGAUGGAGGUAAGAAAUAAAAUUUAUCUCUUCUCUGCAAGAGAGAAGAUAGAUAAGGAUGAGAUUAAUCAAAUGCUGGAGUUUCUUAUAUCUGAAAUAAGGAAUAGAGGGUAUCCAUACCAAGAGAAUGAAGACAAAUUAUACCACUCAGAGCAAUUGGCCCUUGCAUUUGGUGUUCUUUGUUUACCAACUAUGGCUCCAGUACGCAUAAACAAGAAUUCACUUAUCUGCACUCACUGUCAUUCUUUUAUAAUGCUUGUGACACAAUUUUUUGAUAGGGAGAUAAUUGUGAGGGAUAGGAAACGAUUCCAUUUCUUCAAGGAAGGGCAGUGUUCAUGUAGAGGAGGUCACUCAUAAUGUGUUGAAACAUUUACCCGUUUUUUUUUUCUAAGCAUGUUACGUUGAUGAUC